UUUCAGAGGUUCAGCCGUUUAGCAGCCGCCGGAGGACCGACCAGUCUCUCUUUCUACCUUCUCUCUCUACUAAACCUCAUUUCCACCAUUCCUCGGCAGCUCAAUUAGCCCGUCGGAAGUUCCUAUUUCUAUAUCCUAUCCAUUUCUCCGGCGAAGUUCACUGGUCAAGCUUUAGAGAAAAAGAACACAAUGGAGGAUAGCUUAUAUGACGAGUUUGGAAACUACAUUGGACCAGAAAUUGAGUCAGAUCAGGAUAGUGAUAGAGAGGAUGAAGAUGAAGAUCUGUUAGAUAAGAAUGCAGAUGAAGAUAUUGCUACUGACGGUGAAGAUGGAGGACGUCCAGGUGAUGGAUGGAUAACUACAACGGAUGAUAUUGAUAUGGAUAAUCAAAUUGUCCUUGCUGAGGAUAAAAAAUACUACCCAACUGCUGAAGAGGUUUAUGGAGAAGAUGUUGAGACAUUGGUUAUGGAUGAAGAUGAACAAUCACUUGAACAACCUAUUAUUAAGCCAGUUAGGGCACUUAAGUUUGAAGUGGGUGUGAAGGAUUCGUCUACUUAUGUUUCGACUGAGUUUCUUUUAGGUUUAAUGUCGAAUCCAACUUUGGUGCGUAAUGUUGCUAUGGUGGGAAAUCUGCAGCAUGGAAAGACACUUUUUAUGGAUAUGUUGGUUGAGCAGACGCAUCAUAUAUCGACUUUUGAUCUUAGUAGUGAGAAACAUAUGAGAUAUACAGAUACACGGGUAGAUGAGCAGGAGAGGAAAAUAUCAAUUAAGACUGUACCUAUGUCUCUUGUGCUUGAGGACAGCAACUCAAAAUCAUACCUUUGUAAUAUCAUGGAUACGCCAGGUCAUGUGAAUUUCUCCGAUGAAAUGAGUGCUGCUCUUAGGCUGGCUGAUGGUGCUGUUUUGAUUGUUGAUGCUGCUGAAGGUGUCAUGGUUAAUACAGAGAGAGCUAUUCGUCAUGCUAUCCAAGAACACCUUCCUAUUGUAGUUGUUAUCAAUAAGGUUGAUAGAUUGAUCACUGAGCUUAAACUUCCCCCAAAGGAUGCUUAUCAUAAGCUGAGACAUACAAUUGAAAUAAUCAAUAAUCACAUAUCUGCAGCGUCAUCAACGGCUGGAAAUGUCCAAGUUAUAGAUCCAGUUGCUGGCAAUGUGUGUUUUGCAAGUGCUAAUGCAGGAUGGUCAUUUACUUUGCAAUCAUUUUCUAAACUCUAUGUCAAACUCCAUGGAAUACCAUUUGAUGCAGAUAAAUUUUCCAAACGUCUUUGGGGAGACUUCUAUUAUGAUUCAAGUGACAGAACUUUUAAGAAGAAACAACCUUCUAGUGGAGGUGAAAGGUCAUUUGUCCAAUUUGUGCUUGAACCUUUAUACAAAAUAUACAGCCAAGUGAUUGGAGAGCAUAAAAAGAGUGUGGAGGCAACUCUGGCUGAGCUUGGUGUUACUCUUCCAAACGCAGCUUAUAAAUUGAACGUCAGGCCAUUGCUUAGACUUGCUUGCAGUUCAGUUUUCGGCUCUGCAACUGGCUUUACUGAUAUGUUGGUUCACCAUAUUCCAUCUGCAAAAGAUGCAGCAUUAAAGAAGGUUGAGCAUAUCUAUACUGGACCCAAGGAUUCUCUUAUUUAUGAAGCCAUGGCAAGUUGUGAUGCUUCUGGUCCUGUAAUGGUUAAUAUAACCAAACUUUAUCCCAAACCCGACUGUAGUGUUUUCGAUGCUUUCGGUAGAGUUUAUAGUGGUGAACUUCAGACAGGACAGACAGUUCGGGUCUUGGGAGAAGGAUAUUCACCCGAUGAUGAGGAGGACAUGACAAUAAAAGAGGUAACAAAAUUGUGGGUCUAUCAAGCUCGCUAUAGAAUACCAAUAAGCAAGGCUCCUCCUGGCUCCUGGGUUCUAAUUGAAGGUGUAGACGCUUCAAUCAUGAAGACUGCCACACUUUGUAAUGUGGAUUACAAUGAGGAUGUCUGCAUAUUCCGUCCUCUUCAAUUCAAUACUCUUCCAGUGGUAAAAACAGCUACAGAGCCAUUAAACCCAAGUGAAUUGCCCAAAAUGGUGGAAGGCCUUAGAAAGAUAAGCAAAAGCUAUCCUUUAGCCAUCACUAAGGUUGAGGAGUCGGGGGAGCACACUAUUCUGGGCACUGGGGAGUUGUACUUGGAUUCCAUCAUGAAGGAUCUCAGGGAGCUUUAUUCAGAAGUAGAAGUCAAGGUGGCAGAUCCGGUAGUGUCGUUUUGUGAAACUGUUGUUGAGUCUUCGUCUAUGAAAUGUUUCGCUGAGACUCCCAAUAGGAGAAACAAGAUCACAAUGAUUGCAGAACCAUUGGAGAGGGGAAUAGCUGAGGACAUAGAGAAUGGCAUUGUUAGCACUGAUUGGCCUCGAAAGAAGCUUGGUGAAUUUUUUCAAACAAAGUAUGAAUGGGAUUUGCUUGCUGCUCGUGGUAUUUGGGCAUUUGGACCCGAUAAGCAGGGCCCUAAUAUCCUGUUAGAUGACACUCUUCCUAGUGAAGUUGAUAAGAACUUGCUGAAUGCUGUUAAGGAUUCCAUUGUUCAAGGAUUCCAGUGGGGAGCACGGGAAGGACCUCUAUGUGAUGAACCAAUCAGGAACGUUAAGUUCAAAAUUGUUGAUGCAAGAAUUGCACCUGAACCAUUACACAGAGGUACUGGCCAGAUCAUUCCAACAGCUCGUCGUGUUGCAUAUUCUGCAUUUCUUAUGGCAACCCCACGGCUUAUGGAGCCAGUGUACUAUGUAGAGAUUCAAACUCCCAUAGACUGUGUAUCUGCCAUAUACACUGUGCUGUCUCGAAGGCGUGGACAUGUAACUGCAGAUGUUCCUCAACCUGGGACACCAUCUUACACUGUCAAGGCAUUUUUACCUGUGAUAGAGUCAUUUGGGUUUGAAACGGACCUGAGAUAUCAUACACAAGGACAGGCGUUUUGCCUUUCAGCUUUCGAUCACUGGGCAAUAGUGCCCGGCGAUCCUCUUGACAAGAAUAUUGUCUUGAGGCCACUUGAGCCUGCUCCUGUCCAACAUCUAGCUCGUGAAUUUAUGGUCAAAACAAGACGCAGAAAGGGAAUGAGCGAAGAUGUUAGUAUAAAUAAAUUCUUCGACGAGGCUAUGGUUGUGGAGCUUGCACAGCAGGCAGCCGAUCUUCAUCUGCAGAUGAUCUAGGUUUUUCAACUACCUACCCAACAAAGAUUAAUAUUAUCACUAUUGAUUGUAAAACAACAUUUCCUGGUUUCUUAGUUUGUGUUUUUCUUUCCAGAUCCAACCCUUAGAAAGAACCUACUAUUGUUUAGGCGUUUGUUGUUGACAUGACAAUUUUGAUUAAUGUUGCCAACCUAUGGUGUGUACUCAAAUGUAAUUCAAUAUGAAUCUUAGUUUACGGAUUUAUUGAUUUA